AAUUAUGCAAUUAAAUAAGAACAUAUAAAAGCAUAACGGUUGAAACAACCCUUAGUCUAUGGCAAUGGCAGCGUUGGCCUUAUUAGAGGACAUUGCUAAUGGCAGAAUCAGAAGAGAACGAGUUUUUAGGGACCACAAUGAUUUUCUGGCCCAGGAUGAUGACUGGCUUAUCAGCCGUUUCAGAUUUCCAAGGGCUGUCCUCUUGGAGCUCUGUGCUGAGUUGGGUCCGAAUGUAGAGAGAGAGACAAUGAGGAGCCACGCAAUACCCGUUCCCUUGCAGGUGCUAACAACACUUGGUUUCCUGGCAACUGGUUCUUUCCAAAGGGAACUGGCAGACCGCUCAGGAAUAAGCCAGUCGUCUUUGAGCCGGGCAAUGCCAGUGGUAUGGGACGGGAUCAUCCGCAUGUCUGCCAGGUAUAUCAGGUUCCCAUAUGAUGCAUUUGACCAGCCAAACAUUAAAAUGCAAUUUGCAGCGAUAGCCGGUUUUCCUAAUGUUAUCGGAGCGAUCGACUGCACACACAUUGCUAUAAAGGCGCCAUCUGAAGAAGAAUUUGCAUAUGUGAAUCGGAAACAUUUCCAUUCAAUAAAUGUGCAGAUAAUAUGUGAUGCACAAAUGCGCCUAACAAAUAUUGUGGCAAGGUGGCCUGGGUCAACCCAUGAUUCAUACAUCCUUACAAACAGCAUGGUUGGGAUGAGGCUCCAAGCUGGCAGGGUGCGUGAUGGGUGGCUUCUUGGAGACCGCGGUUAUCCACUAAAGACGUGGCUUUUAACCCCCCUCACCAACCCACAAACUGACCGAGAGCGCAGAUACAAUAAUGCCCAUUCUCGCACUCGUUCAGUUGUAGAGCGGGCGAUUGGGCAGCUGAAAUGUCGGUGGCGCUGCCUUGACCGGACUGGGGGGGAUGUUGUUAUACCGCCCUGA